CAACAACAACAACAACAACAACAACAACAACAACAGGGUGGAAUAAAGUGCACCUCCACCACCACCACCGCACCGCCACCACCACCACCACCACCGCCGCCACCACCACCACCGCCACCAUGGACACGCGCAUAGGAUUAGAUUAUAUUGUGGAAAAUAAAGAAUAUACGAACAAAUUAGCAGCAGCGCUGGACACACAGAAUAUCACUAUUAAGAAGCAGGUGUUCGAGCUUCUGUCCGCUUUGUGUGUGUAUAAUACUGAUGGUUACACGAGGGCUCUGGAUGCGUUGGACCAUUUUAAGACCCUUAAAUCGGAAAGGUAUCGCUUCAAAGUUGUCUUGGCUGAGCUGCGCGCGGCCUCGACCUUAGAGUACCAGACAGCGCUUGUGGCCUUUGUCAACUGCCUCAUUAUAUCGACACAGGGGCUCCACGAUCGCAUGAGGCUGAGAAAUGAGCUUAUUGGUUUGAAAAUCUUAGACGUCUUACACAAACUGAGACAAAACGCCCCAGCAGAGAGUGAUUUAGCAGUUCAGUUGGAUGUGUUUGAGGAACAGCGGGAGACGGACGAAGGACAGCUAACAGGACCCCACGAUGUCGAUCUGUCCUCGCCUCUUGAUGUUUUCUACGCGAUCCUACGGCAGGUAGCAGAUACACCCCAAGAGGCGCCGUUUCUAGCCGUCCUGCAGCACCUCUUAAGCAUCGAUCCACGCGAGGCAGUGAGCGACGUGGUUUGGGACACAGCUGAGCGCCUCUUGCACCGCGCCACGCUCUUAGACGACGCUAGAGAGAGUGCCAAGCUACUGCGCGCUCCCUCCCAUCGCUCGCUUACCAAAUUAAAAGGUGACGCUGCUCGUUGCCUUUGCUCCUGCCACAGAGAGGACCCGCGUUCCAGGAAGACCUCACUAGCUGGUGGUGGCUCUCCGUGCUCCCCACCACCCCCUCCUGACACCGGCCCGCCACCACCACCACCACUACCACCAGCACCACCUCCACCACCGCUGCCUUCAGGAUGUGGACCACCACCUCCACCACCGCCACCAGCAGGCCCGCCACCGCCACCGCCACCACCAGGAGGGCCACCGCCGCCACCUGGACCCCCGCCGCCACCUGGACCGCCGCCGCCGCCAGGGGGUCGCGCGCCGCCGCCCCCAGCCCCUCAGGAGAAGGUUAGGUUGCCGCAGAUGGAGACUCCGAAGCCAAGGACGAAGAUGAAGACAUUUAACUGGAACAAAAUACCCAACGCCAAGGUUCUGUCAGAGCAAAACAACAUCUGGUCAACAUUAGCACGCCAGCAUAAGCACUCCCCGAAGGCAGCGCUGGACUGGGCUGAGCUGGAGGGCCUCUUCUGUCAAGCUGCCACCCCGACCCAGCCCGCCACGAAGGGCCCUCGCGAUGCCGUGCGCUCGGAAGACUCUACUGCAGAAAGGAGGAGGAGGGAGCCGACGGAGAUUAACCUGUUGGAUGGAAAACGCUCCCUAAACAUCAACAUUUUCCUGAAGCAGUUUAGAGUGCCCAAUGAAGAGAUAAUGGACAUGAUCAAGAAUGGAGAACACUCAGACAUUGGCGCUGAGAAACUGAGAGGCUUACUUAAGAUUUUACCUGAAUCUGACGAGAUGGAGAUGCUGAGGUCUUUCGAAGGGGACAGAAGUAAACUGGGGAAUGCUGAGAAGUUCUUGAUUACUCUCAUGGAUGUGCCGCAGUACAAGCUAAGAAUAGAGGCAAUGUUGCUGAAAGAGGAAUUUGAGGCGACUAUGGACCAGAUUGAGCCGUCAGUUAACGCUGUGAUCUACGCGGCGAGAGAUCUCCUAACCAACCCACACCUUCAUGAACUGCUGUAUAUGGUUCUUGUGGCGGGAAACUUUCUGAAUAGUGGAGGGUACGCUGGAAACGCUGCGGGAAUGAAGCUGUCGUCGCUGCAGAAACUGACUGAUAUACGCGCCAACAAACCUGGAAUGACUCUCCUUCAUUACGUGGUUCAGCAAGCGGAGAAGAAGGAUGCAGAGCUCCUAAAUUUUCCUAACGAGAUGUCUUGUCUCGAGGAGGCGACCAAAACCACCAUGGACCAGCUGACGAGUGAAAUGAACCAGUUGGACUCUCGCAUCGCCAAGAUAUCGAAACAGCUCCAUGCGCCUUCAACACCCACAGACAUUGUACACCAAAUGGGCAACUUUCUGCAGGUGGCGUCGGGUGACCUGGCGUCGCUGAAGGAGGGCGUGCAGGAGGUGGAGAGGGUCAGAGUGGAGGUGGCGGAGUACUUCUGUGAGGACGCUAAAUCUUUUAAAUUGGAGGAGUGUUUCCGAGUCAUGUAUACCUUCUGCUCCAGGUUCCGUCAAGCCAUAGCGGAGAAUGAGAGGAGGAGGAAACAAGAGGAACAGGCGGAGAUAAGAAGGAGAACAAGGGAGGAGAAUGCAGUGAAAAGGAGGUCUUCUUCUUCUCAGGGCGGCCAGCCACGACCAGGGUCCUUCAGCGGGUCAGAGACAGAGGCGAGCGUGAUGGAGAACCUGCUCUCGGAUAUUCGCUCCGGAUUUGCGCAGCGGAAGUGUGCAGAGAUGGCAAUAACCAAGAACAAGCGAGGAAAGAAGUUAGAGGUAUGGCAAAACGGUGUACCAACUUCUGAGGACGAACUCUCCCACUGCAACUCUCCCAGGCUCUCCCGCCGGCGCAUGGGCUCUUUCUCCGGCCCCAUGGCGAGUCAGGACGGUCAGGGGGACAAUUCGCCUGAUGUGACCCCGAACGGAAGCUUAAGAAGGAGGAGGUCACGCAUUCUGUCUGAGGAAGAUGACAACAAACUAAUGGACUAUCUACACACAGCGGGCCACGACGGAUCCAGAGAGAGAAAAUCCUGGUCAGGCGUUGCAGAAGGAUACGGCUCCUUAGACCGUUCAUUUGGGCGAAGAAUGAGAGGAGGCGGAAGAGUUCGACCAAAUCUUCUUGUCUCAGAGUUCGGGGAGAGAGAGAGGCCAGCGUCUCCUUCCCCAGCCCAGAACGCUCCCUUAGACAAGCCAGCCUGCCCUCCUGACCAUAAUAGACCUAGCAAGAACUGGCGGCAGAAGAUUGAGUCAUGGUUUAAGGAGAACGAGAGAGAGGAGAGACAAUCUGAAAAACUCAAACAGCGUCUUCAGCAACACAGAAAGAGUUUGGAUUUUGACGCAACAUUGGAUGAAAAUGGAGGAGGAGGAGGAGGAGGUGGAGGAGGUGGAGGAGGAGGUGUGGUUGCUCCUCCUUCCCCUCUGUCCACCCUGCCAGAGGACCGCCCUUCUGACACGCCCUCCGCAGGCUACAGACGCGUUUAUGAUGACUGGAAGCCUUCUGUAGAUAAGACUGAUGUAUCGAGAGUUAUGGAGGCAAUCGAAGAGGCCCAGUCCCCCCUCCCCAGUAAGGAGAAGGACAAGUCACCGUGGAGAAAAAGUAAUUUAAAUGUGGCCAACUCGAGCGAGGCCACCGUGACCACCACCACCACCACCACCGCCUCCCCGACCACCACCACCACCACCUCCACGCUGACCUCUGCCUCACGUCGUCUUAGGAGGCUCAGGUCAAGGUCAAAUAUCGAGCCAGGUCAGGUGGUUCAGGCAGUUCAGGGCUUCAAGGAGGAGGAGGAGGAUGGGGAGGAGGACGGAGAGAGCAGUCGUAGGUCCUCCCUCAUCAAGACCCUGGGCCGCACUGACACCAUGGACACACUCAAGCUGUAUAUACGCCACCCGUCACAAGAGGAUGAUGAGGAGGACGUGGGUGAGCAGAAGUCGUCCGGCAGGAAGGCACAGGACUCAGGCGGCGGCGGCGGCAGGGACACCGUGCCGAGCCGCUCCGAGCAGCUUCUGCAGAAAUACAGAGACUCGGUGGACGUGCCCGCCGACGUGCUGCGCUCCAUUGAGGAGCAGGCAGAGCCCCGCGGGUCCCGUACCGUCCCUGCGGGACGGCGUGGGGAGCGGCGCGGUCCACAAACGCCCACCACGCCCGGCUCCUCGGUGCGGUCCGCCAUGCAGCAGCGCCUCAGGGACAACCUGCAGCCCCGCCUGUCCGGGGCCAUGCGCUCCCUGGGCCCCGAGGCGGAGGAGGAGGACGCCCCGCGUCCGCCCUCCGUGCCGCAACACCUGCGCCGCUCCUCGCGGGAGGAGGACAGCGGCGGCGGCGACAAGUUGGACAAGAUUGACAUCGACGCAGAGAACAUCGAGACUCCGCCAGCCACGCGCCGCGCCCUGGGCGGCCGCAGCUUCCGCGGCCUGAACAGUGAAGGGCGCCGCGCCCUGGCCGGGGAGGUGAGGCGAGGAUCGGCGCCCCGCGCGGCGGUGGACAGCUCGGAGGGCGAGGGCGGGGCCAGCGAGGCGGAGGGUCGCGGCACACAGCGUCUGCGUCACCUGGCGUACCUGGCCCGGGACGGUGACAGCGAGACGGAGAGCAUGCUGGCCAAGCAGGGCCGCCGCGCCGCCACCACAGCCACCGCCUCGCCGCCCCCGUCACCCCCCCUGGACGACAAUGACUUGGGUGACGGCCGCUUCGACCGCUUCUCCUCCGUGCGCAAGACUCUCAGGCACCGCAGAGAACCCCAGGCCCCGCAGGAUGGCCCCGCGCCACCCACCGCGGAGGAGGACAGCGCCGCCAGGCUGCGGCGGUGGCAGCAGAACCUGUCAGAGCAGCAGCAGCAGCAGGAGGCGGGGCAGGGCGGUAGGGCUCCGGACUCCUGGAGGGACCGCCUGGCCCGCAGGUUCCGCCCCGGGGACAAGUACGAGGUGGCGGCGGCGGCGGCCAGCCAGCCUCGAGCCCCAGCGUCAGAGAAGCUGCCGCGCCGCAACAAGGAGGCCUUGGCGCGGGGCGGCGACACACGGGGCUCCUUCCGCGGCCUGAGCUCCGCGUCAAUGAGCGGCGGCGGCGGCGGCAGCGACGGAGAGAGGAAGCGGUCAGUGUUCGGGGACGGGGCGCGGGGCGUGGGCAAACUGUUCUCCCAGACCAGGCGCAGUGCCCCGGACACCUCCAAGGUGGCCGUGCCCAGCAGCCCCAGG